AUGGCGUCCCGAGGCGUCCUAUUGGCCGUCGCAGUCCUUCUCCCAACGUACAUGUCCAUGGUUGAUGCUCGCAUUCCGGGAGUGUACACUGGUGGAGCAUGGCAGACCGCCCACGCCACUUUCUACGGCGGAAGCGACGCCUCCGGCACCAUGGGUAAGCCUCCUUCACUUCGGCCACCUACAUUGUGUCUACCACGGCCGAAUCCCUCCAUGAAUAGCCUCUUCUUCUUCUUCUUCCUCACCAUCUCUCACUCCGGAUGUCUGCUGUGGCUUCAGGGGGGGCGUGUGGAUACGGGAACCUGUACAGCCAGGGAUACGGCGUGGAGACGGCGGCACUGAGCACGGCUCUGUUCAACGACGGCCUUAGCUGCGGGGCCUGCUUCGAGAUCAAGUGCGCGGACGACCCCAGGUGGUGCCACGGCGGCAGCCCCUCCAUUAUCAUCACCGCCACCAACUUCUGCCCGCCGAACUUCGCCCUUCCCUCGGACAACGGCGGCUGGUGCAAUCCCCCGCGCCCUCACUUCGACUUGGCCAUGCCGAUGUUCCUCAAGAUCGCGGAGUACCGCGCCGGCAUCGUCCCCGUCGCCUACCGCAGGUUUGCGCUCACUCCUCUCUUCUUCCACUUGUUCCUGCGCACUCGCUAGGCUCGGAUCUUAAGGCGCCACCGAGACCGCGUAGGUCGACGACCAUUGGAGACGGACGAGGCUCCUUCCCCGAGAAUCUGGGUGGCCAGAGCGAAAAGUUGGCGCGAUCUUCUUUCGCGGCCGAGUAUCCCGCGCUUUCUCUGAACUUGCUCUGCCCUGUCCUACGCAUCUGAAUUGACGAGAAUGCCAUUCUGCCCUAGCGAUAGGGCGGGCGGGUACCUACCGAACGCGCAUUUACCUCUCCCAAUUUCUGAGGUGCCUGCCAUGGUCGGUCCUGUAAUAACUGCACUGCGUAUCCACGUGACCUGGGCGGCGGUGGCGGUGACGCGGGGUCCACCGUCACAGCUGCUGCGAUUUACUCGCCUCCCUACUGGCGGCGACGCCUGAUUUCUUUCCCAUGUGGUGGUGCAGGGUGCCGUGCAGGAAGACCGGGGGGAUCAGAUUCACCAUCAACGGCUUCCGGUACUUCAACCUGGUACUCAUCUCAAACGUAGCUGGCGCCGGCGACAUCGUCCGGGUGAGCGUGAAGGGCACGCGCACGGGGUGGCUGCCAAUGAGCCGCAACUGGGGCCAGAACUGGCAGUCCAACGCGGUGCUGGUGGGCCAGGCGCUCUCCUUCCGUGUCACCGGCAGUGACCACCGCACCUCCACCUCCUGGAACGUCGCGCCGGCCGACUGGCAGUUCGGCAAAACCUACGCCGGCAAGAACUUCCGCGUCUGA